AUGGACGACGAUAACUACGAUUCACUCUCGCCCGAAGACCGCAAAAUCCGCGAUGCACAAGAUCGAGUGAGGGAGAAUGAAGAGCAAGCAUCUUUACCCUACAAAUGGACGCAGGAACUUGGUGAAGUCGAUGUCACAGUUCCCGUCCCGAAAGGAACGCGUGGAAAGGACCUCACGAUUUCUAUACAAAGGAAGAAACUUAGCGUGGGUCUCAAAGGGAAGGAUAAAAUUCUUGACGGCGAGCUCUGUCGCGAGAUCAAGAUCGAAGACAGCACCUGGACUCUCGAGGACAACCAGCUUGUUCUGAUACAUUUGGAGAAACUAAACAAACAACAGUGGUGGGAAAACGUCCUCACACACCACCCCAAAAUCGACACACGCAAAAUCGAGCCCGCGGACAGCAAACUAAGCGAUCUUGACGGAGAAACUAGGGGCAUGGUUGAAAAGAUGAUGUUCGACAACCAACAGAAGCAAAUGGGCAAGCCCACUUCAGACGAAAUCAAGAAGCAAGAGGCUCUGGCCAAAUUCAUGGCAGCACAUCCUGAAAUGGACUUUUCAAAUGCAAAGAUUUCUUGA